GAUUGCAGGGGAGAAGAGCAAGGGGUUUCCGGACGUGAGUAUGCGUUGGUUUCCGAAUGGAUGUUCUAUCGAGCUCUUAAAUGGGUUUCACUGGACUUGGGAGUACAUUUGGGACUGCAUUGAGUGGACAAAAUAUUCUUUUGGACAACAUCUGUAAGUGGGUUUGUAGUAGGUUUUUGGUGGAUGUUUUCUUGACUUAGUGGAGGUCCACCACUACAGAUGAGGAAGGGUAUGGCAGAGAGGAUAUCCUUUUCUCUAUAUUCUAUACAACGUUUAGAAAAUGGUACCUUACUCUGUUCUUUUUCCCCAUUUUUGGAUAAGUUGGUGCUACGUUCUCUGGAUGAUAGAUGGUAUCCUCUGAUGUUAUUAGCUUCUCUUUUUUCACAGGAGCUUCACACUUGUUAAAUGUGAGAAUAUGCUGACUGGUCUGUAACAGAUAUGUUCUGUCCAUUGCAACUCAAGUGGACAAUGUCACCUUUGGAUCCAUGUUACAGCCCUCUUUUCUUUUGCAUGCUCUUCUAGCUAACCCUUACACAUUCUAAAAAAGAAAAUGCGGUCAGAUGUUAGAACUAUUGACACGCCCUACCAUAAUAUUCCCCAAACUUCAUGUUUCAACCUAUGUAUAAUUCAUGCUUGAUGUGACUUCUUUGUGCAUCUCAUUGACACUUGAUCUGCUUGAUGAUUGGUAUUGCUUCCCUUCAACAAUAUGCUCUUCCUUGCAGGCACUAUGAUAUGAAGUAUGUGGGGAACUCUGUAGCCAUAGAAGAUAAUAAGGCAGACUUUUUUUCGUUGCAAGUUAGGCUUUCAAUUUCUGCAACAACAAAUUCGUUGGUUGUAAGGAUUAGCCAAAAGGGCAAUGAGAUUGGAGCUUUUAAUAAAUCCUGCCAAAUAUUUUGUGUCAAGUCUGGCUUGUUGAACAUAUGGGAUUUUUCAGGGCAAAUAACCAAGUUUUUUUUACAAGGCAGCAUGCUAUCUGAUAAAUCUGAACAAGUGAAUGAAGAGAUUUUCUUAGAGUUGCAGGUUUAUGGCUUGUCUUUUGAUGUGAUGCGAAAAGAAAAUGGGAUGGCAGUUGAAGACUUGAAAACUGAUGGAUUUUCUUCCGGUAGUUCACUGAAGGUGAAUGGCCACUCUGACAAUGUCAACUCAUGUGUCAGACUUGGCCAUCCACCAUUUCCUGGUAGCUUCAGUGAAUCUUAUAACUUGGGUUUGACUGGAUUGUACAAUCUCGGCAACACAUGUUUUAUGAACAGCGCUAUCCAGUGCUUAGUGCAUACUCCACAGCUUGUCAAUUAUUUUCUUGGGGACUUCAGAAAAGAUCUAAACUUCGAGAAUCCACUGGGCAUGAAUGGGAAGCUAGCUCUAGCAUUUGGAGACUUGCUAAGGCAGCUAUGGACACCAGGGGCUACCUCAGUGGCUCCAAGAGCAUUCAAGUCAAGAGUAGCUGGUUUUGCUCCUCAGUUUAGUGGCUACAAUCAGCAUGAUUCUCAAGAAUUUCUUGCUUUUCUACUGGAUGGACUCCAUGAAGAUCUCAAUCGUGUUAAAAUCAAGCCUUAUAAUGAGAUAAAAGACACUGAUGGAGUUUCCGACAAAGAAGUAGCAGAUGAACAUUGGCAGAAUCAUCUAGCCCGAAAUGACUCCAUAAUAGUUGGCAUGUGCCAGGGGCAGUAUCGGUCAACUUUGAUAUGUCCUCUUUGCAAGAAGCAUUCUGUUACAUUUGAUCCAUUCAUAUAUCUGUCUUUGCCCUUGCCUUCGACAACAAUGAGGACUAUGACAUUGACGGUAUUGAGCACUGAUGGGACUACUUUGCCAAUUUCAGUUAUUGUGACUGUCCCAAAGUGUGGAAAGUUUACGGAUCUCAUUCAGGCUUUGAGCAUCGCUUGCUCUUUGCGGGAGGAUGAAACCUUGCUGGUGGCUGAGAUAUACAACCACCGCGUUCUUCAUUUUUUGGAUAAGCCUGCUGACUCCAUAGAGCUGGUUAGGGAUUAUGACCGGCUUGUUGCUUAUAGGCUACCUAAGGAUGAGGACAAUUUUCCCUUGGUUGUAUUUACGCAUCGGCGUUUUGAAGAGCAAUACGGUCAAGGAUCUCCAGCUUUGAAAGAGUUUGGCAUUCCUCUAGUAGCAAGGAUUCCUGAUUGUACUGAUGGUUCCAAGAUACAGAAGAAAUUUCUCAAAUUACUCCAUCCAUUUCUGAUGCCGGAUGAAUUUUCUUCAGAUGCUUUUGAUGAUUCUGUAAACACCGUCAAUCAAGACAUAGAAAUGGAAGAAAAAGUUGAUGAAAAUGCAUUUAAUGGUGUUCCAAACAGUGAAGUAAACGACAGGUCUUUUGUGGAUGACAACUUCCAGUUCUAUUUUGUACAGCAAGAACAUUUUUCAGAAGGAACUAAGAUGCUGAUGGAUGAGCCAUUGUUAAUCCCAGAAUCUCGUAAAAUUACCGUGCUUGUUUCCUGGCCAGAGGAAAUGUUGAAGCGGUAUGAUACUUGCAUUUUAAGCCAUUUACCAGAGACAGGUGGGCUUUCAUCAAAAAAGCCUCCAGAGUCGGCUUCUCUGUAUAAAUGUCUUGAAGCAUUCUUGAAGGAAGAGCCUUUAGGACCUGAAGACAUGUGGUACUGCCCUAAGUGCUUGAAGCAUUGUCAAGCUAGCAAAAAGUUGGAUCUCUGGAGAUUGCCAGAAAUUUUGAUUAUUCAUUUGAAGAGAUUUUCAUACAACCAGUUUCUCAAGGACAAGUUGGAAACUUUUGUGGACUUCCCCAUCGAUAACUUUGACCUUUCAAAUUACACCGUACACAAGGAGGGCCAGUCUUCUUUUCUGUACAAGCUGUAUGCAGUAAGUAAUCACUAUGGUGGAAUGGGUGGUGGUCACUACACCGCUUUUGUUCAAUGUGGGCAGCAAUGGUAUGAGUUCAAUGACAGCCAGGUCUUCCCCAUUAGUGAGGACCAAAUCAAGACAUCAGCAGCCUAUGUUCUGUUUUACAAGAGAAUUUGAUAGUGUUAGUGGCCCACUAUGAUUUAAAGGUAGGAAAAAGAAUGCCUUUAAAGUGCAGUUUGUGUGUAGAUUUGUGGGCAGGCAUUAUACAUGAUUACUAGUUCACAUAGAUGAUAAUACUAGUGGCAAUGAGGGUGGCCUAUGUUGUACAUGUACUUAGAUUAGACCAAACUUUUUUGCCAGUGGCCACCUCAACUUCUUUCGUUCAGUUUCUUUAGACAUCAGAACAAGCUCUGCUUGCUUUUUGACC